UAGUAUAAAUAAUGUAAACUGGCUACUGAAAAGGUAAUCCAACGUAUUUAAUACGGGGGCCGGCGAAUUUCCAGUGUCUUCUGAAACUCAGCGUGAUAAGACUGCUCUUGACUGAAAAAUUAAGAGACAACCCCGUUUCUAUUCUUCUCAGAGAUGAUUAAGGUUUUCUCGUUGCUUGUGGUGGUAGCUGCGUGCUGCUGGCGGACUGUGAAUGCAGAAUACAGUGUUAAUGUUACGUCAGAGAAUGGCAGAACUAUAUUCGACGUCACGCUGGAAGACGGCACCUCAUUUGUCGUUGGUUACGAUGAAAAUAUGACACCUGAAUAUCCCUUUUUAAAUGACUGGGAUCCCAGCCUUUCGUGUCUGGGCAUUCAUGUGCAAAACGUGAACGGCAGUGAUCUUGGAUAUCCAAACGAAACUAGUCCGACAAGGAAAAAAAGGGCGAUACCCUCUAACCUGUGCGCCGUGUCGACAAGGUGGAUAUACCCGUAUUGGAUCUAUUGGAACACUGGCUUUGGUGCCAUCUGGUGGCCGGUUAUUCAGUUACCUUAUUUACCUGUUCCCUGGUUCCAGUACCUUCUGUGGAGCUACUGCGAUCAAACGCAAGAUUGCUACAAUUUCUACACUCCUAACGUUUCUCUGUGCUCCAAGUGUAGAACACAGUGGGGAUGGACUCGUAUCCUCGUGUGGCACUCUCACCU